GUUUCUUCCCUACCUCGUUCUGCCAGGGCACAGGCACGCUACCUGUAUUAAACUUGCUGUAGAAAUUAUCAUCGACCUGAUCAAGGACCACUCCUUUAACCGUAGAGAACUGAUCGAUGUCCAGGAUGUCCGCGCAGUAAACGGCUCUCGGCUGGUGGAGAGAAGACAAUCUGAUGACAAAAUGAACAUCACAGGAUUGAUUUCAGGCUUCCUUGGGAAGUACAAGCCCAGUUGGCUCUUUGUCAUCGGAAGAUCAUGAUUUUGACCCGACGGCAGACAUGCUGGUGCACGAUUAUGAUGAUGAACGUACAUUAGAGGAAGAGGAGAUGAGGGAUGGCGAGUCAAGCGGGAGCUCAGAGAUCGCCGAUCUGGAAAAGGAGGGGAACAUGCCGCUGGAAGAGCUGCUCGCGUUAUACAGAUAUGAAGCAGCAGACAGUGCUGUUGGAGGGUCGAGUGCGGACAGCUCAUCAGUAGAGCUGACCGAUGAGCUGCCUGACAUGACGUUAGAUAAAGAAGAAAUCGCUAAAGAUUUGCUCUCUGGAGACGAUGAAGAAACACAGUCUUCUGCCGAUGACCUCACACCAUCUGUGACGUCACACGAAACCAAUGAUUUCUUCCCCAGAACUCUUCGCUCUAAUGUGGUUUAUGAUGGAGAUAAAGAAUCUGAGGGAGAGGAUGAUGGUGUGAACCCUGAAGACUCUCGCAAGGAGAUCAUGGUGGGAUUUGAAUACCAGGCAGAAAUUCCUGCUCUUACCUGUUACAAUGACCAGGAAAAAGUGUACGCAGAGGAAGAUCAGCUGCUGUGGGAGCCGGAGAUGUUACCCGAGUCUAAAGUCAAAAGCUUCCUGCAGGACGCUCUGAGAGCGGAUGGAAAGAUGGACGGAGAUGCCAAAUGUUCUCUGGUCAAAGACAAUGAGCAGGCCUUAUAUGAGCUUUUGAAAUGUAACUACAACGUCCAGGAAGCUCUGGAACGGUAUCGCAACAAUGACAAAUCCUUAAAGGAUGAGAUGCUCCCGUGGUCGGAAGAAGAAUGCCGAAAUUUUGAGCACGCUCUUCUGUUGUAUGAGAAGAACUUCUUCCUCAUUCAGAAACACAAAGUCAACACACGGACGGUGGCAGAGUGUGUUGCGUUUUACUACAUGUGGAAGAAGUCAGAGCGAUUUGACUUUUUCGUCCAGCAAAACCGAUUUGGGAAGAAGAAGUUCAGCAGUUAUCCUGGUGUUACGGAUCUGAUGGACCGGUUGGUGGAUGAGGCCGAGGGUCUGGUGGACGGAUCGGCUUCUGUGUGUUCCAGUAGCAGCGGCAGGAUUGAGCCUCCAACUGAACAACAACUCAACCUUCUCAACUCCAUCACAGCCAGUGACCUCUCUGCGCUGACGAGCACGGUGGCGUCGGUGUGUAACCCCUCAGACGUGAGCUGUCUGGACUCCUACAACUUCUCUCCGCUGGACGGGCUGCACCGCGGGCCCCUGAGUCACGAAGAGCCGCUCAACUACUCCAGCAACGGAGACGGCGACUGCCUCAAUCUGCUGGAAACCGGCUUCUACCACUCGGACCUCGGCCAGAUCAACGUGUGCGGCGAGGACUGCGAUCGGCCCGCGGCCAAACGCCUGAAGAUGGGUCUGUCGGAACCGUUCAUGAACGACGUGUCGGUCGGCAGCAGGAACAUGGCCGUGGACUUCGAGGGCCGCACGCGUCACAUCACAAGUGCCAAAAUGGCGGUUUCGGUCAGUGACUUUGGCGAGGCCGGCAGCUACAUGGGCGCACACACACUACAUCAGCACACGACGCUGCAGUCGGAGUGAAGGCUCGCGAACCUCACGGGACUUACUGCAAUCAGACGUAGUGUAUAUAGCCGCUUCCUGGGAAAUUCCUCCUCCUAAUUGGUUUAUUUUGUUUCCAGGUUAUAUACGUGUGUAUAUAUAUGUACAGAUUUGUUUUUUUUUUACUAUGACAUCAGUGAUGUCUAAUUGUACAGACCUGAAUCUUGAUUUCUCAAGAGUUAAUACAGCCAUUUAUUUUCCAGUCUUGAAUUUUUGGAAGUGUCAUAAAACGUGUCCGAAUACUGUGGAAAACUGAACUUGUGUGUGACAGGAGUCGUCGCAUCCAAAACUGAUCGAUCCCACCUUGGGCCGACAGCCUUUCCUCAUCAGUGUUUACAGGUGCCUCGGCUCACCGAGACUCUACGACCACUUUGAAGAAGCAGCUCUGUUUAUUUUGGUGUCCUUUCCGCUCAGCACAAAAACCCCGGAAAAGUUUGUGGUGGCGCGUUCCGGACGGCCCUGGGAGAUUCUCUGCUCUUUUGACGGACUGCAAACAAACCGACGAACAAUUUAAAGUGGUUCUAGCAAAUAUAUAGGUCCUAAAUGAUUAUGGAGGUAUUAUAAUUCGAAAACACUGCUUUGACAUUUUUGCAUAUUUAUUCGUUUCUUUUGUAAUUUUGCUUUAUCAGGUGGCGUUUGAUCAGUUAUUUAUUGCAAUGAAGACCACUGGACUGCAUUAUGGUCACGAUUGAGCUUUUUUGUUUCCCAGAAUAUUACUGGCACAUGUGGUUUUGUUUCCUUUCUCGUUCUCGAAUGUGUACAAGCGCAUUUGUUUGAUAUUUCAAGAGCGCUAUUUAUUGAAGAAAAAAAAAAAACGUUUGCAGGGAUACUCUCGAACUUCUCACCGCGGGAAACCAAUUCCCUUCAGUAACCAAUUAUGCAAAGUUGUACAUGAUUUGUGUUCAUCGCCCCUGCUUUCACUGCGUGCGUUCCUUCAGAACAGCCUGAUCUUCGCGAAGGCCUGCAAGCACUGACCCGACGUUAUCUAUGCAUCAAGAACCGCUUGCAGAUUAAACGGACUUGGUUUGUUCGAUUUUUGUCGCCCCGCUGACCUCCAGAUUUUUGAGUUUGACUUUACAUGCUCUCGUAUAUGGCAAUAAUUUGUAAAUAUGUACAGAUACCCGUUUUAUUUCUUCCUUGGCAAACAGAUUUGAACUUGAAGACUUUUGAGUCUGCGUAUGCCACAAGAAUGCCUUCUCGACUUCCUUUACCGUUUGUUUCCUCAGCAGAGAUUUGCUUAAGAAGAGAGUUAUUUAUUUAUUUAUUCACUUAACUGCAAGUGGGUGCGAUGUGUUAGCGUUCUGUGCUCCUCGCCGAGAGUCGCGGAGCUAGCUGAAUGUACAGUAUUAUCGCAUCUUAGGGAUUUACUGAACUCGUACGAUGACAAGAAUGUCUCGCGGUUAAGGCAGGAGCCCGGUUUGCAGUGUUGCCUUAACCCUCAUUCGAAACUUGCAUGUUGAACCGACCUGGAAAACGUUCCCGAACGACGAGCGAAGGGUUUCGGGCUGUUUUCCAGGACGGCUUGUGCUUCGUCUGUAAAAUUGUGUUUCCUCGUAUCUGCGGACAGAGUUCUUCAUAUUUUUUUUUGUCUUGACAUACUUGAAGGAUGUGUAUUGAACAAUUUAAAUACAUUUAAUACAAUAUUCUCCAAUUCAAUCCUGUAGGUUGUGCAAUUAAUUUCUCCUGUCCCUCCAAGAAAUGAAAAGAGCUUUAGGAAAACGUGUUGGUGCAGUAAUUUAUGUCCAAAGUUUGUAUGAAAAAAAGUAAUGGCUUAAUUGAAAUUGUUCCGUAGUAAUGGUUGUUUGCUUCCAGGGAAAAAAAUGUGUACAUUUUUAAAAAACCUUCCCUUUGGAAUGUUUUACGCUUUAUUUUGUUUGAUAUACAAUUGGUUUUCAUUCACUUUUCUGCUUUUGAAAGGGGGGGAGCUAUUAGUUAAAGUUCGGUUUUUCAACACUUUGUUGUAAUAAAGUUAUAGUGUUAAAUAGACAAUCAAAUGGUAAUUAAUAUUGGAAAAAGGACAUUUUAUCAUUCUUAAUGUUUGUACAUAGACACUGUUCUUGUUUUGUUGGUUUUUAUUUUGUAUUUUAUGUUGUACUUAACUGGCAAACCAUUCCAGAAAUAAAGUUCUGGAGAUAUUA